AUGCUGAUAGAUGCAGGUGAUAUCGGAAAAUUUUGCAGAGUAGCAGACAUCGGAACACUGUUUUGCGAUCUGUUUGAUAGAAUUGAGGCUUACUCCUCUCUCUCAUUGCAACAAAUUACUUUUACUCAAUGGGACGAUCGGAGAAACUUGCUGGAUGCACAGGGUGUACUUGAGAGUGUUUUAGACAUAAUUGAGACGGUGGAGUAUUUGGUGAACCAGACCGCUUCACAUACGGGGAGGUUCCGGCAGCGAUCUACUAGUCUCUUUGAAGCCAGUGAUUGCUUCGUGCGCAGCUCUAUGCGCAACGCUAUGGAGAUACCGCUCGAGGACGAGGAUACAGCUGAGAAGCCCGCUGCCGAUAUUCAUCGCUUGGAUGGAACAUUACCAGUUGUUGAGUUGGCAAGUUGCUUGGGAUUCGCGGUAAACUACAUCCAACCCCUCAAAGAAAUCUUGAUAAAGAGACCUUCUCGUACUCCUUCACCAGAACUCUCCUCGAAAUAUAUAGACACUGAUUUGCUGCUGUUCUUGUUGAUGACCACUGUCAAAGAGGGAUCGUGGACGAUGUUUGAGUUAUUUGAAAUAUUCCUUUGUCUAAUUGCCGACUUCUCUCCUGCAUGCGGAGCCAUUCCAUCCAGUUUGUUGGAGGUGGUGUCUCAGUGCUAUCGUGAAGCACGAGCCCGCGAUUACUGUUUACAGUGGCACUGUGCUGAGAAGUGGGAUGACAAGGAACUCUUGCAACGUUUCAUGUGGAAUCAUGCUAAAGUGAUUAGUGAUGACACUAUAAAGUAGGU